GUGGAAGUGGAGUGAAAUGAUAAUGAAUGAUAGAAUGAACUCUUACUAACCAUGAUGAAAAAUUUGAGAACAGAAUAAAGUUGUCUUUUCUUAUUUAGUUUAUUUCAAAUUUCAAUAAUUUGCUGUACGGCUGUGCAGCUGUGAAUUUUAUAUAUGAAGUAUUUGUUGUGAUAAUGAAGCAUUGAUUUAGUUUGUUUGGUAUAGAAUUCAAAAUUGCUUCUCACCGUGUUUAUAGUAUUUUGUACAUUUUUGGUGAAACUACACUAACCAAAAGUAUUUAUAUUGAUCAUGGCUGAUGUAUUUAAACGAGAAGAUGCUUUAAAACUUCUAAAGAAUAAACAUAUAGCUUUGUUUGGAGAUUCAAAUGUACGGGCCACUUAUAAAGACCUUGUUUGGCUUCUGAGCAAUGGUGGACUGAUAGAUCAAACCAAUUUGAGAAAAAAGCAAGAACUUAGCUUCAGUGGUGACAAGUUGGGGAAACACAGUGAACUGAAUCAUGGCCGAGGAUAUGAGGAGGAAAGAUCUUUUAAGAAGGCAGAGACAAGGGUGGACUUCUACUUCAUUACUCGAUGCUACAACCUUCUGUUGGAAGACAUGAUGGAGGAUAUCAACCUGGGAUUAAGAGAUGCCCCUGAUGUUAUAUAUAUCAACUCUACUCUUUGGGAUGUCUGUCGGUGGGGCCCAAACGGCGUUAUCGAGUUUAAAGAGAAUUUGCAGAAGCUGGCUCGUCUUUUCAAAAAUAGUCUUCCAGAAAAAACCUUAGUUAUCUGGGCCACAGCAUUACCUCUGUCACCCCAAGUAAACAGUAGCCUUCUUCUCAAACAGAUAAACUUUCUCGGUUAUACUCUCCGAUUUGAUGUGAUGGAGGCGAACCAGUUUGCUCGCCAUGUGAUGGGGAAUCAUGGCUUUGAUGUUCUUGACAAUCAUUUCUACAUGCGCAUGCAAAUUCACAGGAGGGUAAAAGAUGGAAUUCACUACUUUCCUGUUGCAGUUCGCCUGCUUACCAACCUUCUGCUCACCCAUUUAGCACUGAGUUGGGAUUUUCCGCUGCCCAAUCGGGUAGAGACAAUUCUCCUGGAGAAGGCUAAGGCCCAGAUGUCCAAGCAGCCGAGCUCACCCACUCCCCAGCUCGUGUCUCCACAAGUGCUCUCGGACAAGGCCAAGAAAAGCACUGAGGGCAAGACGCAAGGCCCUGCCAAGAAACGAGGCCAAGAGAGGAAGAAUGGACAGUAUAGUCGGCAGCAGCGAGCUCAGCAGAAACCAGUGAAUACACCACCUAGUCGUCCUGCCAGGGUUAAGUCAAACAGGGGAAGGGGGAAGUGGAGUCAGAAUAAACAAAGGGGCUGGCAAAGAGUACGAUCAAACACACCACCUCCCAUUCAUGGCUCUGGGACCUACAUCAAUCCUUGGGCCAACAAUUUUCAGCCCCCCAAUUGGAGUGAAGAUCAGUGGUCUGAGGGACAGAUGUUCCAGAACGGGCAGAGAUUCGGGAAUGAACAAAGAUUUGCCAAUGACCAAAGAUUUUCCAGUGAACAAAGGUUUAUUAAUGAGCUGAGGUUUACUAAUGAACAAAGGUUCCAAAAUGACCAGAGGUUUGUAGAAGAGUCAAGGUUUCAAGCUUCCAGCAUAUUGGCUCAAGCCAUGAUGCAGAGAAUGGCAACCCGACCUGCCUUCAAGUCGUCAAGAUAUGCUCCAUACUAGAUACCUUGAGAUGAUGAACGUCUGUCUACAUUACUGGUGUGAACUAUUGCUUCUUCAUCUCUACGACUGUAAAAGUGAUUUGAACUUCACUUAAAUAUCUCACUGGAUAAAUUAUACAGUAGUUGUAAACUACUGUAUAUGUAUAAUAUAAUGAUAACUGUAAAUGAUAACUUCAGAUAAACAAAGGCUGGCAGAGAGUACAAUAAAAAUAAACUGUCUCCAGUUAUUGCCUUACCAAUCAUGAUAUUAUUGAUAAGGUUAUGUGUAUGCAAUUGUGAAAAUAAUUAUCAAAACUAUAAUUAUACAUGAUUUUAUUUGAUAAAUUAGCAGAUCUUCAAUUAUACAAGUAAUUGUGUCAUAAUGUUGAUGUAACUGGUAGUUUGAUACCUCAGUUAUGGAUUUCCGACUAAGCCAUUUAGUAGUACAUGCAGUUGUGAUCAUGUUUAGCUUAGAGAUUGAAACUUGGCGUCUGAAGUGAUUUUAUAAACUGUCAAAUUGCUUUAGAAUUCUUGUGUGUUAAAUGAGCCUGAAAUGGUUGUUGAUUCUACAAAUUAAGGACAGUUUUCCAUAGAAUUAGAAAUGCUAUUAUAUCCUUCAAUUGAUUUCAUGAUUGUGAUUCGAUAUUUCCAAAAACUAUUUUUUAUUGUUGAAAAUAGAUAGACAUAUAGAAAGAAUUAAAAUUAAAAAAUUACUGUACAGUUCACAACUCCUAGUAAUUAGCGUAACAGCAAUAAUUUACAUAAUAUUACAGAGUGCUACAGACAUAAAAAUGUGCUAGACUAUCAGGCACUGAAUUAGCAGAGGUCUAUUUUUUUGUGCAUUUGUACAUUUUGUUGUAAUAUUAAAUUGUCAUUGUGUAAUUAAAAAUUUGAUGGCAAUUGAGGAAUUCUAGGCGUCUCUGUGCCUAAAUAAAUUUUACUCUUAUUAUGUAUUCUAAUCUGUGGUAAUAGAUAUGAUAGGAAUUAUUUUAAUUUUAUUCAUGUGAAACAUUGAAGGUGGUUUGUUUGCCGCAGUAUGUACAGCUUUAUUUUUGCUUUAGCUACAAUUGGCUACAUAUAUAUGUAAGAUAUCCACUUGUAAACACUUGUUUUUAAUGUUGUUUAAGUAUUUGACAAUAUCUGUAAGUAUUUUCUUUUAAAGUUGUAGAGUGUAAUUAUUGAAUGUACCUCGAGUAUGUUUUAGUUAUAGUUUUGUUCAUAAACAUAAUGUUCAAAGAAAUGUAAAAGAUUUUUGUUUGUUAUUAUUUAAGACAAGCUUUAAGAAUUAUAAUAAGACUUUAUUUUUGUGUUUUAAAUUUUAGUUUCUAUUAUGGUUUAAAUUAGUUUUCUAUUAAUACAUAU